AUGAAAAAAUAACCAAAAUUACCAAGUAGUUAUUUAGAACCAAAAAUAUUUGAUAACAAAUACAUAGUCAAAGAAUAAUUGAGUUCUGGGUCAUUUGGUGUUGUGUAUUUGGCAAUUCAUAAGGUGACAAGAGAAGAAGUUGCUGUGAAAUUAGAAAAAGGUUAAUAGGAGACAUUAGAUAGAGAAGUUUAUUUGCUAACAAAAUUAUAAGGAAUAAAUGGUAUAACAAAAUUGUUUUGGUUUGGUCGAGAGUAAUGUUAUAAUGUGAUGGUUAUUGAAAUACUUGGAAAAGACUUAGGUUAUUAUGGAAAAACAUAUAAAUAAUUAUCACUUAAGAGCGGAUUAUAGUUGUUGGAAUAAUUGAUUACAAUAUUUAAUUGUGUACAUUAAAGGGGAAUAGUUCAUAGAGAUCUUAAACCUGAAAAUAUUAUGAUGGGAAAAAUUAAUACAUCAUAGGCAUUUUUAGUGGAUUUUGGAGUUUCAAAACAAAUAUUUGAUAAAGGAAAGCAUAUGUAAAUCUAAUUAGUUGUUAUAUCAUAGACCAUUCAAAGACAAGAAAUCUUUUAUAGGUACAGCUAGAUAUGCUUCCGUUGCAGCUCAUAAAGGAUUUGAGAUAGGAAGGAAGGAUGAUCUAGAAUCCUUGAUGUACGUAAUAAUUUAUUUGAUUCUUGGGUAAAGAAAUUAACUGAUUGAGGAAAACUGCCUUGGUAAAACUUAUAGAAUAUUGGUGACAAGGACAGGACUAUUGCUGUCGGAGAAGUUAAAAUAGCUACUUCUAUUUAAACUUUGUGUAAAGAAUUACCUUAACCAUUUGCUGAAUAUUUAAAGUAAAUAUUGUUAAAUAUCAUUUAGUUAUUUAAAGGGAUUAAAAUAUGAAGAUCAACCAGAUUAUGAAUUACUGAAAAAAAUAAUGAGAAAAUGUUCAGAAAUUAAUACUUAUGAUAAUUAAUUUGAAUGGACUGAAAAAUAAUCAUAAUAAUAAUCAGAUAAAAUUGGUGAAAACAAAUAACAAAGUUCUUUUUUAGUUGUACCAAAUGGAUUAGGAGAUUAAUAGUAAAGACAAAAUUCAAAGAAAUAAUCAUAUAUGGGUAUUAAUAAAUGAUUUUUAGGUUCUUAAUCUUCUAAUGCGGUGAAGUAUGUGCCUUCCUUUUAGGAAGCUAUUUCAUUUUAAGCUAAAACUGGUCCUUAAAAGAUUAUUGCUAGUCAACCUCAUAUUGAAGUGUUGAAGUAGAUUGAAACUAUUGAUUUUGAUGAUAUUGAAGAAAAUAUGGAAAAUUAACAGACUUUAGAAGAGAAGUAUUUGAAGUUGGAAGAUUUGGAUGCAAAAUUUAAAGAUGGAAAUAAUAAAUCUUAUUCAGCUAUUCAUAUAUUUGAGAAUUGA